GAGGGGGUCAUGGGCAUCAGCAGCUUCCCCAGUCCCACUUCCUUGCUCCCCUUUCCUGCCUGAACUGGGAGAAUGUGUGACAAGGACCUUUUUAGUACAUGUGCUGCUGAAGCAAGCACUUGGCAAGGCUGGUGGAGAAGAGUCUGGGAGGUACAGAUGCAGCCCUGCACCCUCUUCCUGACCCGAAACUUACCCAGGCGUGUUCUUCCCCUAGGGAAGGGGACAGGAGGACACGGUCCUGAGAAAGGCUCUCAAGACAGUGCUGGGGAAGGAAGUCCCCCAAAUGUCUGUGCUGGGACCUAAGCUAUCACUCCGGCAGGAUUGGCUCAGGAAAGCGGACUCCAGCUGGGCAUGGUUUAUGCAAGUCUGUAAUUCCAGCACUCAGGAGGCUGAGGCCGGAGAGUCACUGCGAGUUUGAGGCCAGCCUGGGUUACGUAGUGAUUUCAAAGCCAGCCUGAAUUACAGAGCAAGACCGGAUGGGACUCCAAGGCUUCUCCCUAGGAAGCUUCCUGGAAGAAGGGAAUGUGCGGAAGCUCAGAAAGGAGGAGGAAGGGGAAACCCACUUUAGAGGCCCCCUUCUGUCUCUCUUAGAAGCUUUCUCUCAGUAAAUUCUUCCUACUCUUGAAAAAAAGGAAAAGGAGAGAGACUUGGAGCAGGACUGACUUCCGGGGCUCUGGGGGAUCAUGGGGCCCUUGCAAACAGCAGGUCACUCCUUUAACUUGGUCCUCCUCCUCCUCAGUCUUGCACUAAACUCUGAAUUUCUCUCAGCCGUUCCCUUUUGGAGGUCUCUCAAAAACAGGACAGACUUGUUCAUUUCCUGGGACAUCCCCCCAGCCACAGCCAGAAUGCCUUCGACACCUCCCCCAUGAGGCUGCCGUCCUGGUAGGAAGGCUGAGCGUCCCUCUGGCUGGAGCUUUAAGUCCCUCUCGCCCUGGGUGCUACUAACCUUGUCCCACGCCUGUGGGUGGAAAUGGGCUGAGCAAGGACAACAGGAAAGACUUCUUGGCAAGGACCCUGGUCAGGGAAACCUGUGUAAGGAGGAGGCAGGGAUGGGGACAGAGGGUGUGCACAGCCCGAAUGGUAGGACCCAGGCUUUGCCUGUCUCCUGGGGCCCACUGUUCAUUUAUCUAUUACCUCUUGGUGCUGGACACCCUGGGAAUCGCAAGGGCUGCAGUGAGGGACACGAUCGCUGUCUUCUUGCUGCUUACAGCCUAGGGGAGAUGACCUUAAGCAGAGACUCAGUGAUGAAAGGGAAGUACUCCACAUUACCAGAGGCACCUUCUUGUGAUGUUUGUUUUCAUGGCUUCCGCAGACCCUGGACAUGCCGGGAGGCCAUAGUGACCGUGAGGACACAUCAGGCCGAGUCCCACAGCCUAGUGGACCCUGUCUUGGACUCACCAAUCCUCAGCCUCCGACAAAACCGGCUCCUCCAGAGUGUCUCCCCAAAAAGGCCUUCCCUAGGGAGCCUGUCUGCCCAUGAGUCCUGGAUCUCAGAUUAAAGUUUUCUUUCUUUUUUUUUUUUUAGAGGAAGGUUUUUUUGGUUUUGUUUUCAGUACUGAAGAUUAAACCCUCAGGCCCUUCACACUCUUCUCCCAGCCCGUUUUAUUUUUUAUUUUGAGAUGGCUAAAUUGUUAAAUUGGCCAGACUGCGCUCAAACUUGCAAUCCUCCUGCCUCAGCCUCCCAGAGUGCUGAGAUUAUAAGUGUAUGUCACUGUGCCCAGCUAGCUGUUCUAGCUGGUGUAGACAGCCCUGCCUUUGUGGCACAUCUCAGAUCUCCACCAGUGCUGCUGGCAGAGGCCUGAGGCCCUCACCGCCCUAAAGUUCAAACACCUUCCCCCAGCCCCUGGCCACACCCCUAGUUAUUUCUCUUUGCUCCUAUUGGUCACCUCAGCUCAGGGAGUGAUAAGGCUGUAUUGCUCUGGCUCAGGAGGCUCAAGGUGCCACUCAGCAAAGGGGGCGGAACCAGGGGGUGGAACCCAGACCACGGGUCAAGGUCAGUGGACUGGGUGGGGAAGGGGGUGCUUCUAGGCUGCAGAGCGCCCUGUGUGAUUCCUCUGUACAGCAUGGAGACCGCUUCCAGCCUCCUCCGCAGGGGUCUCCAAGUAUUUGCGGUCCUGCAAUGGGUCUUCUCCUUCUUGGGACUUGCCCAGGUGUGCUUGGUGGCCUUGCUCCUCGCUGCCCUGGGCCGGGCCUGGAUCCUUGUGGCCCUCUACCUAGCCUGGCUCUACAGAGACAGAGACACACCCAGGGCUGGAGGCCGCCGCUCAGCCUGGGUCCGCAGCUGGGCCAUCUGGAGACAUUUCCGAGACUACUUUCCUAUCACGCUGGUUAAAACCGCAGAGUUGGAUCCCUCCCAGAACUACCUCUUUGGCUUCCACCCUCACGGGGUCCUGGUUGUGGGCGCCUUUGCCAACUUCUGCACCGAGGCCACUGGCUUCUCCUGCCUCUUCCCGGGCCUGCGCCCGCAUCUGCUCAUGCUGCCCUGUUGGUUCCAAGUCCCUUUCUUCCGGGACUACAUCAUGACCAGUGGCUUGGUCUCCUCCGACAAAGCCAGUGCUGCCUAUCUGCUGUCGCGUCCUGGGGGCGGCCAGGUGGCCGUCCUCGUAGUGGGAGGGCCCCUGGAGGCGCUGGAGGCAAAGCCAGGUGCACUGAGCCUGAGGAUUCGGAAUCAAAAGGGAUUCGUUAAGCUGGCGCUGGAACACGGGGCGUCCCUGGUGCCUGUCUUCUCCUUCGGGGAGAACGAGCUAUUCCAGCAGUUCCCAAAUUCACCCGGUUCGUGGGUGCGAAGGGCUCAGGAGGCGCUGCAGCCCCUGCUGCGCGUGGCCCUGCCGCUGUUCUACGGCCGCGGGGGGCUCCUGCUGCCCUUCCGGACGCCCAUCCGCACCUGGGCGCUGCGAUCCCGGUGCAGCGAUGCCCAAAGCCCAGCCGCGCGCAGGUGGACGAGCUGCACGCGGUCUACGUGGAGCGUCUCACGCAGCUCUUCGAGGAGCACAAGGCGCGCUACGGGGUCCCAACCGACCGGCACCUCCUGCUCAACUAGGCGCUCCGCCCCUCCCGCCCCGCCCCCUCCCGGCCCCGCCCUGUGCCCUUGGCUACCGCGGGUCGGGGAGUGGAAUUAAAGAUGGGAACGUA